CUCCGUUCAUGCUCCCCCGUUCCCCUGCGUCCGUGAGACUGUUUUGACGACACUCUCGGACCGUGACACAACCCCCUCCCCCCUAAUUGCUAGUGCCAAUUCUCCCGUUCGCACUCGCUUUCAGCCAUGGCCACAGAAGGGGAACCUCUUGCCGACAUCUCGAGGCCCAUGUCGGAUCUCGACGGUCGAUCCGAUACCACCGAUGAUGACCUCUCCCCCUCCCUGGGCACAACCCAAUCGUACGCUUCGGUGCCGUCUCUGCGCCCAACCCUCGAUAAACCCAAGAUCACCCCAUCCUCGACGCAUCUGGGUCAGAUUAAUGCGGCACGGCGCGGUGCCGGGACUCCCCCUCGGCCACAGCCCUCAAUGAGCGGCGCACAGCCCGGGGGGUUGAACCAGGAUAUUUUGGCGAAGAUGAAGGCCUUUUCCCUAUCCCGACAGGGAGCUCCGCCGACCCUGGCACAUGCGAAUUCCACCGGGCUGGUGCCUAAGUCCCCCCCAUCGGUUCCCGUGGGAUCUCCUGUGUCGGGCCAGUCUGGCUCAAUCAACCCGUUGGCAGGACCGCUCGCGGGUCGUCUUCCUCUCGGCGCUGCUCGGCCGGGAACCAAAAAUUGGGCGUCGUCGCCUAAUGUGCCUCAUGGAGCUUCUCCGGUCCCUAAUUCUCCAAAGCCUGCUGGCGGUUUGGCCGCGAAGCGCAUGAAACCUGGGCUGAAGCUGUCAGAUGCCUCGGGUCUCAACGGGCCCUCCCCGGGUCAGCCAUCUGACAACGGAUCGGGUGCCCCCGAAACAGCAUUCAGUAAAUACUCGGAGUUCAUCGACACGAAGGCGGGCACCCUCAAUUUCAAGAACAAGGCGAUCCUCCACGGUGGCGGCAUCGAGUUCUCGUCGGGUCAUAGUUUCAAUAUCUCUUUGGACGAGGUAGAUCGUCUAGACGAGCUGGGCAAGGGUAACUACGGAACGGUUUACAAGGUUCGCCACAGUCGUCCUCACAUGCGGAAACCUGGUAUGGGAUUGCGAGGCAUUGUCAGUCGUACUGAGGCCGAGGGCAUGGAUGCGGCGGCGAAGUCGCAGGACCAACUUUCCGGGAUUGUCAUGGCGAUGAAGGAGAUUCGCCUGGAGUUGGACGAAAACAAGUUUGCACAGAUUAUCAUGGAGUUGGAGAUUCUCCAUCGCUGUCUCUCACCGUUCAUUAUCGACUUUUACGGUGCCUUCUUCCAGGAAGGAGCCGUUUACAUCUGUGUCGAGUAUAUGGAUGGCGGUUCGAUCGACAAAAUUUAUAAAGACGGAAUGCCCGAAAACAUCCUUCGCAAGGUUGCCCUCUCCACCGUCAUGGGCUUGAAGACGCUCAAAGACGAUCACAACAUCAUCCACCGGGAUGUCAAACCUACAAACAUCCUGGUCAACUCACGCGGACAGAUCAAGAUCUGCGAUUUUGGUGUGAGUGGAAAUUUGGUCGCAAGUAUUGCAAAGACGAAUAUCGGCUGCCAAAGCUACAUGGCGCCCGAGCGCAUUGCGGGUGGUGGUAUGCAGCAGUCGGGAUCGACUGGUGGCGGAACAUACAGUGUACAGAGUGAUGUUUGGAGCUUGGGUUUGUCCAUCAUUGAGUGUGCUAUUGGCCGGUACCCGUACCCGCCCGAGACUUUCAACAACAUCUUCAGCCAACUGCACGCCAUCGUUCACGGAGAUGCACCGACCCUCCCGGAAACUGGCUACUCUGAAGAAGCACACGCCUUUGUCCGCGCAUGCCUGGACAAGAACCCGAACAACCGCCCAUCAUAUAACACGCUCCUUCGGCAUCCCUGGCUGUCGUCAUUGAUGCAGCCUCCCGCAGAAGGCGAAGAGGAUCCCUCUGCGGCGACGAACGGCUCGACAAAGGAGGGGGCCCCUACAACGACAGAGGAUGAGGAAGUGGCCGCAUGGGUCAAGGAGCGACUGGACUUCCGCGAGCGGGGCUUGCUACAAGAUGAGGACAAGCCUGCGCUGCACGCCGUCGCUCUGGACGCUGUUCCCGGUAGUCCCCUGCUAGACGACCCCUCCUCUCUUUCCGCCCCAUCCUGAAUACCUUACGACUAUUCAUCGGAAGAGUGCUACUGUCUGCUUCCACCGUGCGUUGAUGCACACGCAUGAGGAAGGGACAUGCGCUGGCGCUGGCGCCUCCUAACCAAGCUGUCUGUGACACGGGCCCCGUUGUCCGGUGGAUCUCGCAGCUUGGAUUUUUCCAGUUGAUUGCUUUUCAGGGAGGUACAUGGAUCAUAGCUGUUGAUGCCAUUCAUGCGUUUCGACUAUUGAUGUAUAACGAAUGUAGAGACAUAAUAUGCUAGCUAGACCUGUCAUCAUGACUCGGAAUGCUCAAACUAUUACACGUGCA